CUUGAGAUAUUUUUCUUCCGGAAAGUCGAGGGGUGUGGGGACCGGCGAAAUUUUCUUUAAUUUUAUAAAUAUUUAUCAAAGAUGUCGAAAAACACAGCAGACAAUAAGUUCAGGAAAAUUGAUGUCGACCAGUAUAAUGAGGAUAACUAUCAAGAUGAAGUCGCUGAUGAUGGGCAGGACAUGGGACCAAAUGAACAAGAAGUCUCAAGUUUCCUUAGUCAAGGAAAGAAUUUAGAGGCACUGCAAGCAGUCCUUAGUAACCCCCCUGUGGAGACAAAGAACCAAGCUGCCAAAGAUAGAGCACUGCAGCUAGUGAUGAGGGUGCUGCUUUCAUUUAAAGUAGCUGACAUUGAUAAAGGUGUUAAUGCCCUAGACUCACAGACCUUAGAUGUUCUUAUGAAAUAUAUCUACAGAGGAUUUGAAAACCCAAGUGAAGGAAGCAGUGCACAGUUGCUAACAUGGCAUGAAAAAAGCUUUAAGAAAGGAGGCCUUGGAUGUAUUGUACGUGUACUCACUGAUAGAAAGAUGGUUUAGUGAAGCAUACAGGUGGCAGCACAUACCAAUCACAAUGAAAUCUCUGCCAAGACAGUCUUGUUUCUCAUCUUACGAGUCAAAAGGGAGGCUUGUGACUUAGAUAUACCCUGAUACUGGUUCCCGAUAGUGGAUGAUAUAUCUUGUUGGAUUACUGAUGCAGUAGUCAGUUUAGAGUGGCCUGCAUUAGCCAAAUGGCUGAUGUCAAUAUCUGUCAUUUUUUAUGUGCAAAUAGAAAAAAAAAACAUUACUUUUACAUUCAUAAAAACGUGGCAGUGAUACAGUAUGCUGUAACUUUUUCAUUAUUAAUUUGGAGGUAAAUUUUGAUUAACUGAAUUUUCUUUAAAUUUCAAUGUUUAUUCAAUACAAUUUAAGACUGAAGCAGAUUGAGGCACUCCUGAAAGUGCCAUCAGAUUAAAUGAAUUAUAAUAAUAUGUUUAUGAUGAAGUUGUACAUUUUUAUGAAGUAUGUUCAUAA